CAAGGCCGCCGUGGCGGCUCGUGCUCGCGCGUGCGGGCCUCCUGCUCCCCUUGCGGCAGCGACCCUGGUACUGUGCACCGUACACUUUCCGGCGCCUCUAUGUGAUGCCGCGGGGCGCGGUGGCCGGCCCCAGGCCGCCGCCGCUGCUGCUCCCGCUGCUCGGCCUGCUGCCGCGCGCCGCCCGCGGCGCCCUGGCCGUGCAGCGGCGCCACGGGGCUGGCGGCGCCUCGGGCUCAGACUUCGCGAACUUCCAGUGGGGUCCGCCGAGCAAUGAGCCGAUCGAGAUGCACCUGUCAUUCGUCACCGACUGCACCUCCCACCAGGCGUGGAUGGCCACGGCCCUGCUGCACAGCGCCCGCAGGCUUGGGGCCGAUCACCCUCACGUGGCUGCGCGUGCACUGCUCCGACGCCAGGCUCGGGCAGCGGGAGGAGAAGGAGCGGCUUCUGCAGCGGGUGUACCCGCAGCUGCGCCUCCUCGACGUCAACGUCAGCCGCGAGACGCCCGACAUCAGCUGGAUCAAGCCCCUGGCGUUCCAGCAGCUCCUCGGAGACAGCUCGAAGAAGAAACACAGCAGCAUCGGCGACGACGCGGUCGUGGCGAUGCUCGACGCGGACUUCCUCUUCAUGUCGAAGCUGCGCGUGGACGACCUGGCGGAGAACAGCCUCCUGUCGAUGGGUUCGAGGCCAGCACCUGGCUCGCGCGCCGUGCUCGGCAUGCAGGGCGUGGUGCAGCGGUACGAGUGCCGCGGCUUCGCCGGCGCGCCCUACAUCUUCACCGCCAAGGCCUGGCGGGCCCUGCUGCCAGCCUACGCGGGCCUCCGCUUCGAGGCAAGGCCCAACGACUGGGGCUCUGAGCAGAACGCCUGGGUGAUAGCCGCCCAGCUUGCGGGCGUCAGGUACAUGCCGUUCGACCACUUCAUGAUCUCGGACAUGAGGGUGCACCUCCCGUACCCCACGGAGCAGCACCCUCCAGAUCCCACUCACGGGCACGAGGGUUGGCCCUGGGUGGAGAGGUUCAUGGCGACCGAGGGCGGCGACGCCUGCGCCGCGAGGGUCGGGCACGGGGACGCCCCUCGCCGCCUGCCCACCUUUCUGCACACCGUGCGCCCGUGGAACCCGGAGCAGCAGAACACCUCCUGGCAGUUCAGCAAGUAUCAGGUGCCUCCGGGCUGGAGCCGCCAGGACGGGGAGGGCAUACUCGACUGCGACAUGCCGCUGCUCGCCGAGCCCGCCAGGGACUACGUCCGCGUCGUCGGCGAGACGCCACUGCCGCACCCGAACCGGACCCAGGUGCGCGCGGCAAGGCGAAGACGCCUUGAGGCGUGGACUAUGUGUGGCAUCAUCCACGGCCUCAACGACAUGUUGAUGGAUGUCAAGAAGCUGAAGUGUCCCCAGGGCUUCAACGACCGCAGGGCUCUCAAGAUAGAGGGCCACUGGAACAACAGGCUCCUGGAGCCCUACGCCCCGGAGGGCGGGGACGCCGAGUCCGUGCGUCGGUGCUCGGUCGGCCUGACGUGCACCAGAGGCAUCGCCCCGCUUGGCGGCGACGGGCAGCCUGCAGGUCAGCACUCGUUCGCUGCUCGUGGCGGGCAGCGCGCGGCUGCCCCCCUGCUCUGAGGGCGGCGGGACCCUGCGGCCGGAGGGCGCGCCCGCCCUCGAGCAGCGGGGCCGCGAGGGGCGGCGGCCGGCGGGAGGAUGGAGGA